ACAAUUCCCCUAUCCAGUUGCAAGCUAGCCGUCUUCGAAAACGCAGAGAGAGACACAGAGAAGCGAAGAUGAGUCGAGGAGCAGGAGGUGCCGGCGCAAAGGGCGGAAAGAAGAAGGGAGCGACUUUUGUCAUUGAUUGUGGGAAGCCUGUUGAGGAUAAGAUCAUGGAGAUCGCAUCACUUGAGAAGUUUCUGCAGGAGAGAAUCAAGGUUGGCGGUAAAGCUGGUAAUCUCGGAGAUUCCGUUACUAUUACUCGUGAAAAGAACAAGAUCUCAGUCACCUCCGACAGCAACUUCUCGAAAAGGUAUCUGAAAUACUUGACAAAGAAAUACUUGAAGAAGCACAACGUGAGGGAUUGGCUUCGUGUAAUUGCUUCAAACAAAGACCGCAAUGUUUAUGAGCUACGGUACUUCAACAUUGCUGAGAACGAGGGCGAGGAGGAAGACUGAUUGAUCUUGUUUUAUGUAGUUUUUUGGCAUGGUUUUGGCUUCUUGGACUUGUUAUAUCAGUUUCUUUUUUUCUUCAGACUUUGAAAUAUUGUUUUGCAGUAAAAUUCUGGGUCUAUGUGGUUUUGCAAAUUUGUGUUCAUGAGAUCUCAGUUGAACAUCAAGAUUUUAACUAA